AGUUAUGCUCACUUUACAGUGGACACGGAGAUGUCUUACAUCAGCUUCGCAAAGGAUCACGGACCUCUCAAUCUCGCCUACACUUAUGCAGCAUGUGUAAUCAUCCACGAGGAGAUUGCUAAAACAAGUCGUCGGAAAGCACUCUGCAUAUACACUACCAGCGAACCAAAGGUCAAAUCCAAUAUAAUGCUGGCGGUAGCUCUCUACUGGCUGAUUGUGGGACACAUGGAACCUUGGACAGCCUUUUCACCUAUCGCUACUUGGGAAGUGAUGCCUUUCCGUGAUGCUGGAAACGGUAUCAUGGAUCAUGGGCUGUCUAUACAGGAAUGUCUGUACGGAAUGCACAAAGCUAUUCACCAUGGCCUUGUGAAUCUCAAGACUUUCGACCCACAAUCUUAUCAAUACUUCGAGACCGUCGGGAACGGAGAUCUGAACGUUAUCGGACCUUUCAUCCCUUUCGCUUCACCGAUGGAAGAAGCAUGGGCCAUACCGACAGAAAUCAAAGCCCGGCAACUGGCUCACAAUCUGCGACGAUCUGAGAGAAGGACAAUGGACACUGAACAUUCCUUCAAAUGUGUGAUGAAGGUGUUCUCAGAGGAGAAAGUUGGUCUUGUGGUCCGUUUGAAUGAAGAACUAUAUGACCGUAAAAGGUUCCUCGACCAGGGUAUGGAACAUGUCGAGAUGUACUUUGACGAUGGCUCCAAUCCCACCGACGCUAUGGUUCGCGAGUUUAUUCGUUUGUCCGAGACUGUCAUCGAGAAGCAGGGCAGGAAAGUCGCCGUACACUGCAAAGCAGGUCUGGGUAGAACGGGUGUACUCAUUGGCGCAUACCUCAUCUACAAAUACAGCUUCUCCGCCCAAGAGGUCAUCGGAUUUAUGCGCAUCAUCCGACCCGGAAUGGUGGUGGGGCCUCAACAGCAAUACAUGCUAUUGAACCAGAUGAAAUGGAUCGGCUGGGUGAGUGGCGAACCCUCUGUGUUUAAAAUCAGCUCACUCUUAGGCCGCCAGAGAUCAGGCCUUGCGAGAAUUGGCCGAAGUAAAGAGUGCAGCAGCAAUCUUGGCCACCCCUCCUCUCGAUCCAGAGCCUAUUUUACCAACUUCCUCGUACCCUUCAAACUUUAG